GAACCAAUGUUGUGUGUCCUGCUUUCCAGUGAUGAACUCUUCAGAACUUCCCCUGGAUCCUAACCUUCAGACCAGUAACCUGCUCAUCACCUUCCUCAAGUACUCCUCCAUCGUCAUGCAGGACACCAAAGAUGAACACAGACUCAACAGUGCCAGACUCUGUCUCAUCAUCCUCACCUGUAUAACGGAGGACCAGUAUGCUGAUGCCUUUCUCCAUGACGACAACAUGAACUUCAGAGUCAAUCUACAUAGAAUGCCCAUGAGACACAGGAAGAAGGCAGCAGAGAAGAACGUCCCGUCCAGACCACUGGUGUGUGCUGUUCUAGAUCUGAUGGUUGAGUUCAUCGUAACUCAUAUGAUGAAGGACUUUCCUAUGGAUCUCUACAUGCGUUGUGUACAGAGUGAUCCACAAGCUGAUCUGCUACCAGAAGGAAAUGCAGAAUCCUUGGGUUCUCACUGUAUACCUGGAGAGAACUGCAGCUGGUCCAG